AGAGAGCACAUUUGUUCACAUUGCGACAAACGUUUCACCAAGAAGUACAACUUGGAUUCGCAUCUUGCAACUCACGGCGAAAAUCAUCGAUGGGAAUGCCCACGUUGCGAAAAAACGUCCGCCAGAUAUAGCGAUUUCACCCGUCAUAUG